GAUGGAGCCGCCCGAGGGCUGGGACCCGUACGGGCGGCCGGCGCGGCGCACGCAGUGGCUGGUGAGCGCCCUGGCCUACCACUACGGGCUGGACCGCGGCGUGGAGAACGAGAUCGUGGUGCUGGCCACCGGGCUGGACCAGUACCUGCAGGAGAUCUUCCACCACCUGGACUGCGCCGGGGCCGGCCGGAUUCCCGGAGAGGACUUCCGCACGCUGUGCCAGGUGCUGGGGCUGGAGGAGGCGGCGGAGGCGGCGGCCGACCCCGAGGAGUGCGCGGGGCUGUGGGAGGGCCUCUCCGCCGAGCUCACCUUCCGCCAGUUCCACGCCCGCCUCUGCGGCUACUUCAGCACCAAGGCGGGCUGCCCGCGCCGCUCCGUGCCGCGCCUGCCGCUGGGCCGGGAGAGCGAGCACAUCGAGACCCAGAUCCGGCUGCGCAGCCCCCGCCGCCGCCGCCGCCUCAGGGACCCGCCCGGGCCCGCAGCACCGGCCCGGCCCGGCGGCGGGGGGGCAGCGGAGCGGCGGCCCGCGGGGCCCUGCUCGCGGGAGUGCUACGAGGAGAUCGUGGCGCUGGAGCAGGCCGAGGACCGCAUCGCCAAGCUGGAGGAGGAGAACGGGAGCCUGCGGGAGCUGGUGGAGGACAUGCGGGCCGCCCUGCAGAGCAGCGACGCCCGGUGCCUGGCCCUGCAGGUAGGACUGCGGAAGAGCCACGCUAACCAUAAGGAAGAGGGGACCUGUUUUGUAGGGUGCAAGAGACCGUUAACGCAGAACCAGUCCCAGACCAAGUGCCUUCAAAGCGUACUGAAAGAAGUGGAACUCAUACGGAGCUCCAGGGACGGGCAGAUAGAAGAAGCAAUUAGGUUCAAUCAGGAGCUGGAAAGAGAGCUGAAGAGCUCUCAGGAAGCUCUGGUCAAUCUGGAGGACUGCAACCGUAACCUGAAGAGGGAACAAGCAGAAAUGAGGAAGAAGGUGGAAGAGGCUAGACAUGCCGUCCGUAACAGUCUUGGCAAAGUGAAGGAGCUGGAAGUGAAAGCCAACGAAGUGCCACAUCUCCAAGUAUACAUCCAGCAGCUGGAAUCAGAACUGCAGCACUACAGGUCAGAAAUGGUGAGAUUCCAGCUUCCCUCAAGCAGCAGCCCCGAGCAGGAGGAGGGAGCAGCCUUACCAGAUGGGAGAUGCUGCCCGGCUGUUGAACCACAGGACCGGCGCUCGCCCACCGGCGGGGCUGGGGCUUCUGAGAACGGUACCAAACCCAAGGAUCAGCUGUUCCGCGCUGUGGAGGGUCAGGCUGCCUCUGAUGAGGAGGAGGAGGAGAAGUGGGCAGGAGACCAGCCUGCCCAGGUGGACCACAUGAGGAAGAUACUGGCCAAGCUCCCCUGCUGUGCCAGUGGGUGUGAUGAAAAGAUGUGGAAAAAGCUAAUGUCUUACUUGGAGACCACCAGCAGUGAUGGCUGUGAAGCGGUGCCUGUGGAGCUCACAGAGAGGAUCACACAGCUCACUGAACAGCUCCAGCUGAAAGGGCAGGAAGUGCAGCAACUGGAAACAAACAUGGAAGAGAUGAAAGGCCCAUUGCUAGGUGAGCUGCAGCAAAAGGUGGAGGAGACCGAAGGGCUGAAGAUGGAGCUGCAGAUGUUGGAGACGGAGAGAGUUAGGCUGUCCCUGGUGGAGGAAAAGCUCAUGGAUGUUUUACAGCUGCUUCAGCAACUUCGAGACUUGAACAUAUCUAAGCGAGCCCUGGGGAAAAUCUUGCUGAGCACUCUGGAAUCCUGCCGUGACCCCCAACCUGGAAAAGCCCACCUAUUUGAAGUCCUAGACACUCUUCACCACGAGCUGGCAGGCUGUGAACUCCUACAAAGCCAGCCUCUGGAGAAGGCACGGAGUCGUCAGGCCUUGUCUAACCCGCUGGUCAUCUCCUGCUGAGCGGCAUGCCAAGUACUCCCAGAACAAGGGUCCUUGUCCCUUCAAAGGCACGUGAGUGAAGAGGAGCUCAGUGAUGGACCAAAGCAACAGAAUAAUCCAGCCAUGAAACCGGAGGCAGACUGCUUCUGGGAAGAGCACCAGUGCCUCAGCCAGCGUCAAAGCCCUCCCUCACAUCCAGAGUGGUCCCACGCCGUGAGGGUCACGUAGCAAUGUCUGUCUGUCACACAUCCUUGUGUGAUGGCCUGUAACUGUGCCACUUAGCCAAAUAAAAACCAUUCCAAACACA